AUCAUAAGAAGCCUUUCUCCAACAUGGAAUGUUUAGCCUCAUAGGAAACUGUUUUAACAAAGAGUUCAUUUCCUAAAUUCCAGAAGAGAAAUCUGAUCUCAGGUCAUAAGGAGUCAGAAUCAUCUGUGCGUCACUGCAAGGACUACGUGCUUUUCCUCUUUGAAGUAACUACGCUGUAGGUGAAUGAGAUGUGUAGAUAUGUGUUUGACGCAGUUCCAGGGUUAUCUGCUUGAAGGUGAACUGGAUAUAAUCUAGGAACCUUUACCUUGACAAAACACAUACUUCCCUCUGCCUGGUGACCUGCAUGACCUUGGGGAGAAUCUGUUAGUAUAUAUGGGAGGCGAAGAGCUGAGGGAAGACAGCAUUCAGGGAGCAGCAGCCUUCUGGUGUUGUCAGCAUUUUGAGAGGACUCCUCAAAGAUGCAGCUGUCUUUUAUUCAACCGUGCUCCUUCUCUGGGGCACUCCUUUUGCUGGCAGUGUCAAACCUGCUUGUUUGGGAGCAGGUGACUUGCUUACCAAAUUAUCGAAUGCCCACUGGAAGCCUAUACCAACGUGUGGUUCAGUUGUCAGACUCCACCCAUAGUCUUGCUUCACAAGUAUUCAUGGAUAUGAACUUUGGUAGGACAGCUUGGACAUAUGGCCUGAUAUUAAGCCCCUGCCACACUGCUACAAUCCCUACUCCAGAAAACAGUGAGGAAGUCCACCAGACAAAAUCAGAAGACCUUCUGAAAGUGUCCAUCACUAUUUUACAAGCCUGGGAAGAGCCUCUGAAGCACAUGGUGGCAGCAGUGGCUGCUCUUCCACAUGUAUCUGAUACCCUGCUGUCACGAACAAAGGAGUUGGAGGAGAGAAUUCAAGGGCUUCUGGAGGGACUGAGGACCAUAUUCAACAGGGUUCACCCAGGAGCUGUUGUAAGUGACUAUGCUUUCUGGUCGGAAUGGUCCGAUUUGCAGUCAUCUGAUGAAUCCAUUAAGAACAAUGUUCUUAGAAACUUGUAUCGGUGCAUACGCAGGGAUACACAUAAGGUUGACAAUUAUCUCAAGGUCUUGAAGUGCCGCGAUGUUCAUAACAACAACUGCUGAGCAUCCAUUCUUAUCCUCUGUCUCUGAGAAGGUCCAUCAUGAUCUAGACCUUCAAAGCAUAAAUGAAUCUGUAACUCUAGGGUGCCUUUCUAGAUUUAGUUGCUGUUUACUCAAAAAUAAACUUAUUCAUUGCAAA